AAGGGCCCACUUGACGUUUGACAGCUUUGCGUUUUUGACAUCUUCCCAGCAGCCAUUUUUUCUGCAUUUCAAGUGAUUCAUCAACAAACCAGUUUUAAUCGAUUUUGACGCGUUAAAGGACGAAAUUCGGGUCAAAAAAUAAUUUAAAUUAAAGUUCAAGGUCGAAACUUUCCGAAAAUCAUCGAAAAAUGUCAGUUUUUUCGCUCAAACUCCGUAAUUCUGGUUCGCGAAAAUGCGCGAUGCCCAAUUGUCUCACGGGAACCACGGCAAAAUCCAACAAAAAAUAUGUCGCGGUGCCAAAGCAAUUUCGAGAACGUUGGUUAGCUGCUGCCGGAAUCAAUAAAAAGUACUCCCCGUACACAAAAAUCUUCUUUUGCCAAGACCAUUUUGAUCUCGAUUACACUUUUAGCAUCGCCGAGGAUUUGAUCAAGGUCAGCGAUCAUCUUUACAUCACAGAAGACAUCAUUCCGAAGCCAACGUCGGAAAUUCAGGACAACAGUUGGACCUUGAAGGUGCGUCGGGUGCCCGGACCCAUUCCCGAUGCCUCUGACGAGCCCGUUACGAGACCGCAUUUCAACUUUAACAAUGACGCGGCAACGAAACAACGCGACGAUGCCCUGAGUAAUUGGCAUGCGAGCUUGGCGCAGUUCGGAAUGAGUGGUCAGGAUUAUCAGGAGGAUGCAAUGAGUGAUGAUAUGGGCGAAGAUGAUGGCGACGAUCAGGGACAUUAUGAAAGUAAUCAAUUUCAUGGCGAAUUGAGAAGUGAAUUUAAGGAAGAGCCCGAGCUUAAUGAUGAAAAUUCCUUUUAAAUAUUCCAGAUCCUUGUGAAUUUUCAAAAAAAAAGCGAAUCGGAGGAACUUAAUUAGGAUUUAAGGUUUUUUAAAAGCAUAAAUGUACUUCAUAAUCAAGUGUAAUUGAAAUAUUUUAAUUGAAUUUGAUGUAAUUUUCUCAAUUAAUUUUAAGUUUUCUCUUGUUUUAAAUUUAUAAAAUAUUAAUAAGUAAUCCAAUUUAUACUCAUUAAUGUGAAUUUUAGUCUGUAAUAGUUAUUUUUUAAUAACAAUAAAUAUUCGUAACAUUA